AUGGUAGAUAUCGAAGCUGUAACAAACACUAAACCCAGCCAAUUGUCUAUGUUCAAAUGGAUUCUUGUGUGCUUUUGCGUCUACAUCUCGGACUUCGUUUACGGCCUUGACACUACCAUUGCCGCCGAUAUCCAAGGCGCGGUAACCCAGACUUUCGGAACUGUCGAUCAACUUGCAUGGCUCGGCGCAGGCUUUGCUCUUGGUUCCACAGCAGUCAUUCUUCCGGGCGGUGCCUUAUUCAACUCUAUGAGUGCUCUCAUUGUCGGCCGUGUUCUCGCUGGCGCUGGAGGGACAGGCAUCUAUCUUGGAACUCUCAACUUCUUCUCAUCCGAAUUGGUCUCGCCGGAGCGUCGUGGAGCUUAUAUCUCGGGUAUUUCAAUUGUCUGGGGCCUCGGCGCCGUGCUUGGUCCUGCUAUUGGAGGUGCCUUUAGCAUUAGCAAGGCAACUUGGAGAUGGGGAUUCUAUAUCAACUUGCUCCCAUUUGUGCAUCCCACCAAGGGCGUCUCAAUCAAGGACCGCCUGCUGAGGCUGGACUUUGUCGGCUUUAUACUGAGCGCUGCUGCUUGGAGCAUCUUCACAAUCGUCUUUAUUGCUGGUGGCAAUAAUUGGGCGUGGAAAGAUGGGCGUACUAUUGCAAGCUUGGUCAUUUGUGGUGUCUUGACUGUGGCGUACAUUCUGCAGCAGUACUUUUGCAUUCUAACGACGCCAUCAACACGAUCGUUUCCCGGCCAUUUGCUGCGCUACAAGGUUCAUAUUCUUCUAGGGACCAGCACUGCGUGUGCAAUCUCCAGUCUCUACGUCGCUAUUUACUACAUUCCUGUCUACUUUCAGUUUGUGGAAUCCGACUCUCCAUUGAAAGCCGCUGUCAGAAUCUUGCCGCUUGUCCUGGUCGCCGUUGCGGUCAGUUUCUCAAGUGGUAGCCUCCUUGCCAAAGUCAAAUACUACAAGCCGCACUACCUCGUCUCCGGCAUUCUGAUUACUCUAGGUAGCACACUCUUCUAUGUUUAUAUCGAUCCUUCAGUCUCAGCUGGUGUCAUAUACGGUGUCAGCGUUGUGAUGGCUCUGGGAAUUGGUCUCACGUGGCAAAUUGGAUACACUGUGGCCACUCUCAAAGUAUUGCCUCAAGAUAUCGGAAAUGCUCUUAGCAUUCAGAACUUGUCCCAGAUUGGCGGAUCUACCAUCGCUUUGGUCAUUGCGGGACAGGUUUUCCAGACGGAUGCGUUCUCCAGAUUGAGCACGGCUCUUAACGGUCAAGGAUACAGUGCUGCACAAAUUCAUGAUGCUGUAGCAGGUGCACAGAGUGUUGUGCUAAGCUAA